AUGGGUCUGGGUCACCAACAUUGCAACUCAACAACAUCAUCAACAUCAACAUCUAGACCUAGAUCAAGCAAUGAUAACAAAGAAAGAAGAUAUCAAUCAAACAACACUGAUACACCAUCGACAUCAACUACAACCUCAGCCUCGACCUCAACAUCCUCAACCUCAACAUCCUCAACCUCAAAAUCCUCAACAACCAAGACACAAGCAUCUCCAGUCUUCCUGAGUGAGAAGAUGGUGAAGGUUAUAAGAGAAGAUGAAGUACUAGCAGGACCCGACGGAAUGGCACCAUUCACUGCCCUCGGAUUUAGAGGACUACAUAGACUUCUGGAACUUGAUAAUGAAGCACAGGUAAUGGAGUUCUAUAACAUACAGAGACUGAGUAAGAAGUCAAAGAGUUCAAAGUUCCACAACUUGGUGAUCAAUGCAUUGAAGAAACAUAAGGCGUCGUCAAAGUCAAUCGAGGAGGUGUACAUGAACUAUCACAAGCUUGUCGAACCCACCGAUACGGACACGGACAAGCGCUUCGUGUACAACACCUUGAUGUCGCACUAUGCCGCUGAGGGCAAUGUCAAGCGCGUCGAGGAGCUCUUUGCCGCGAUCGCUCCCGACAACUUCUCAUACACCAACCUGAUCAACACGUACGCCAACGCUGGCGCCAUGGACAAGGUGCUCGAGACACUGGCCAAGGCGCACAAGGAGUCGAUGGUCGACUCCACAACCUACAACGAGCUGAUCAAGCGCAUUGCCAUCAACGGCCAAUUCCAGAUGUGUCUGGCGAUCAUUGACGAGAUGAGGCGACAGGGCACAGAGUUUGACAUCGUCUCAUAUCACACCCUGUUCAUGCCCUUUGCCCAGGAGAAGACGGGACAGUGUUUGGUGUAUCUGCUCAAGGAGUUCCAAAAGACGGAUCUGCCGCUCGAUGGCAAGCUGUUCAGUGCGAUCAUCGAGAGCUUUUCGGUUGCCUACGAGCGACUUGGCGAUCCGGCGCUGGCGCAGUUGGCCAUCGACUUCUUCAAGCAGACGCCCAACGCAUUCUAUAUCAUGAAAUCGGUCACGCUGACACACAUGCUCACUAUGAUGCCGCUGGACCAGGUCGAGGACUUCUGGGACAGGGCAUGGGUCGAGUGUCCGCGCUACAUCACACCGGCCGCCGCCACGUGCUACGCCAAGAUCUUGCUCAAGAUGGACAAUGUCUCGGAGAGGAUGAUGAAGUUGUUCAACAUUGCCAAGGACAAGUUCUUCCACAAUGCCGAGACACAGGACAUAUUCUACAACUUUAUGAUCAAGGCGCUGCUGAUGGACGGUCGCGUGGCUGAAGCCUGGUCGAUCUUCAACUACCUGCUGCGCAACAACAGGAUCAACUCACCAAUAUACUUCACGGUGGUCAAGUUCCUGUGUCAGCACUCAUCGGACAGCAACUCGGCCAACAGUUGUCGCGAGAUCAUCGUAUCGCCACAGUUCAACAAUGUGGUCAAUGAACGACGUGACUGGUUCUGGAAAUCAAUUCUAAGCGAGUUGGUAAAAGAGAACAAUUACAACAAUCUGAUCACAUCACUAUAUCUUAUCAAGUCAACUACCGAUAUGAACAUGUCAAUCUUCCACGAAACAGUCUAUGACUACCUACAUCAACGUGAUCCAAAAGUUGCCAACCAACUCUUUACACAAUAA